ACUACAACACUGAGGAAUUAUUAGAAAGCAUAAAAUGCAUUGUAGAAAAAGAAAAUGGAAAGCAUGUCAUCUGUCAUCUCAGCAUGGAGCAAACUCCUGGUGAUUUGGAUUAUGAUCAAUCUGUUGCACGUGGACUCAGGAUUAUGCUGUUUGGAGAGAGCUCAUCAAGGAAGACAGUACUCUGUAACUUUAUUGUGAAGCAAAAAAGUUAUGGUUUUUCAAGAUUUUCUCAAGCCAGGCAAGUAGUUCAUGGAGAAUGGAGACAACAAGCAGUUACAGUGGUGAAAGUACCAGAUAUGUUAGAUGAGUCUCUGAAAACAGUGAGAGAAGAGAUGAAGAGCUGUGUGAGUCUCUGUCCUCCUGGACCAAAUGUUCUGCUGUUGUUAAUGAGACCUACUGAUUUUACUGUAUGGAGCAGAAAAACUCAGAAAUUUAUCCGGAGUGUGUUUGGUGAAGAUGCUUUUAAACACUCCAUGGUCAUCAUCACACAUGAGGAGACAGGUUUUUCUGAUGAUUCCCUGCUUAAAGAUUGUGAAGGUCGUCACUACAAAAUGUUUGAAAAUGAUCAUAAACAGUUAAUGGAGAAGAUUGAGAGCAUUGCUCAUAAGAACAAAGGAAAAUUCCUCACAGUCACUGAAGAGCCCAUCAGACCACAACAUGAACACAUCAAACCAGCUAUAAACCUGGUUCUGUGUGGGAGGAGAGCAGCAGGGAAGACUUCAGCAGCCAAGGCCAUUUUAGGUCAGAAUGAGCUUCAUUCAGUCUUCAACUCAUCAGAGUGUGUUAAACAUCAGGGAGAGGUGUGCGGACGGCGGGUGUCCCUGGUGGAGCUGCCCGCCUUGUAUGGAAAACCUCAGGAGGCAGUGAUGGAGGAAUCACUCAGUUGUAUCUCCCUCUGUGAUCCUGAAGGUGUCCAUGCCUUCAUCCCAGUCCUACCUGUGGGUCCCCUCACUGAUGAAGACAAGGGAGAGUUUGAGACCUUCCAGAACACAUUUAGCUCUCGAGUCAACGACUUCACCAUGAUUCUGUUCACUGUGGAGUCAGAUCCUACAGAUCCACAGAUUGUUAAGUUCAUAAAGUUAAACAAGGACAUCCAGAAGCUAGGUCAGAGUUGUAGUGGACAAUAUAUUGUCCUCAACUUGAAGGAAAAGCAAGCCAUUAUGGAGCUGCUGGAUAAAGUGGAAAGGAUCAAAGCUGAAGGAUCCAAAUGCUUCACAAAGGACAUGUUCACCAAAGUUCAAAUGGAGAAGGUAACAAGACUUAAAGCUGAACUGCAUGAACUUAAACGCAGGAGUGAGGCUGGACCUGAUGACGGAAAUCAAACUGCACAGUCCAUCCGGAUGGUGCUGAUUGGGAAAACUGGCAGUGGGAAAAGUGCAACUGCAAACACCAUUUUGGGUAAAAAGGAGUUUUUAUCCAGAGCCAGUCAGAAAUCUGUGACCAGAGAAUGUCAGAAAGCAGCAGGAGAGAUUGCUGGACGUCAUGUUGUUGUCGUUGACACCCCUGGCCUGUUUGACACAACUCUGUCUGAUUAUGAAAUUCGACAGGAGCUUCUGCAUUGUAUCAGCAUGCUGUCUCCUGGACCUCAUGUUUUCCUACUGGUGCUGCAGAUCGGCCGCUUUACGAAGGAGGAGAAAGAUGCUGUGAAAAUGAUAAAAGAGAUUUUUGGCAAGAAGUCAGGAAACUUUGUUAUUCUUACCUUCACCAGAGGAGAUGAUCUUGACGAGAGAUCCAUUGAAAGUUACAUACAAGAAUGUGAUGAUUUUGUAAAAGAUCUGAUACAUGACUGUGGAGGCAGAUACCACGUCUUCAACAACAAAGACACAACUAACCGCACACAGGUUAGAGAGCUGCUGAACAAAAUUGAAGUCAUGUUGAAUGAGAGUGGUGGUAGCUACUACACUACUGAGAUGUUUCAAGAGGCUGAGGCAGCCAUACAGAAGAACGUGGAGAGGCUGCUAAAAGAGAAAGAUGAAGACAUGAAGAGUGAGAGGGAGAAGCUUAAAAGCAAACACAAAGAAGAAAUGCAAAAAAUAAAAAGAGAAAUGGAAGAACAGAUCUCCAGAAUUGAGUGUGAGAAAGAGCAGAGUAUGAACCAGCUCAAGCAGAUGGAGGAUUACAUUAAGCAGGAGCGGGAGAAGAGAGGGAGAGAACAGAAAAUCAGAGAAGAAGAAGACAGAAAGAGGAGAGAACAAGAAGAAAUUCAGCAACGACAGUGGAAACAAAAACUUGACUCUCUGGAGAAGCAAAUAAAUUCUGAAUCAAAGGAAGAGCUCAUCAGAGAGCUGGAGCAGACCAGAGCAGAAAUGAGAAAAGAGAGAGAGGCCUGGGACAUGGAGAGGAAAAAAUGGUGGGAAAAAAGGUGUCAGGAAAACACAUAUAGACGAGAUGAGGGAGAUAUGAAAAUAAAAAAGCUCAAGGAAGAAUAUGAAAAGGAAAGGGAUGCAUAUCACAGACGAAUGAAAGAUUAUUGCAUCAGAUUAGAGCAGGAGGAAAAAAAGAGACGAGCAUUAGAAAAUGAGUACAUGAAAAAAAUGGACGACAUGAAGCAGAAAUAUGAAGACGAGGCCAGAAAUCAAGCUGAAAUGUUCAACGAAUUCAAAGAAAAAUAUACAAAGGACUUUGAAUCUCUGAUAGAGAAGUAUAAUGAGGAGAUAAAGGAUCUGAAGCAAGCAUAUACAAAAUUGAUGCAAGAGCAAGAGAAACGCAAAAAUGAGUAUUCGCAUUUGCACAAAGUCUCCACCUACAAAGAAGAAAGUCUGAAGAAAGAACUGGAGGAAAUUCAGAAAAAGCAUGAUGAAGAAAUUGACCAAUUUAAACAGAAAAAUAAAUGCAUUAUUGCCUGA